AUGGGUGCCAUGGAGAGCAAGCAGCUUGCGGAGCGAGUAAUCAUAGCCUGCGAACAGGUUGAUGGAAAUGGUCAUAUUGACAGACUUCUUCUUGAGGAUGAGACUUUUUCAGAGCGGCUUGGGAGCCUUUCUAUUCCGGUGUCGCUACGGCAGCUUAUUACAGGCCAUACGGCGCGGAAACGUAAAGACUAUGGUGGAAAGGAUAUUACAGAGCAUCCAGCUUUUGGGAGAUUGUGGGAAACCCCUCCGCGGCGGCUUCAUCCAACGGUUCAACGUGCUCUUUACGAUGGGCAAAGGGACCCAUCAACGUUCUUCAAAGGCAGUUCAAACGCCCUUACUCAACGGAGCUCGGCCGCUUACCUUGAUUAUGUGUACGAACUCGACCGAAACCGCCAAAUCGACAGCGUUCGAUGGAGACUUUCCCUAAUACCCAUAUUGGAUUUGUUUCGAAGAUUCAAUCGUACGAAUGUGGACGCGGCGACCUGCGAUGACCUUAUCACCAUUAUCACCCAGUCCGGUCUCGCCUUUCAACACGAAGACAAAAUACGUGAGCGACUGCCGGAUUGGGUUCGGAAAUCCAGGAGGUACAACACCUUGGCAACGGCAGUAGGACUGGGUGGUAUUUGUGUUCUUCCCGAGGAACCGGGUGAUACAAUGUGGGAGAAAACCCUCCCGUUGAAAGGACCUGUGCACGAUGCUUGUUUGAACCUCUUGUUAGACUGUGGUAUUAAGGACUUUGCGUCCGAGAGCUUGACCGAGGACGACGGGGACGUCACUACUAACACGGCCGCGGAGACAAUAGUAAAUCAUUUGCGUACGACUUUUUGCAGAACCGCGUAUCUCGAGACGGACAAGCGACCCUGUCCGGCGAAUAACGGCGGCCAGCGUCGAGUUUCGCAGCGAAGGAGAUUGAGUGGAAAUGGGGGAGGUAACGAACACGCCGGCCAUGGCGCAGUACAUGCCGAAGGGAACUCUGUGAAUGAUCCUCGUGCUUCUUCGGCUACGGAAACGAGCACCUCCACGCAGGGAGGAGAACCGAACGAUGCAGGCCGAGAGCUGCAGGCAGAUUCACGGUUGGGACCUACGCAUCAAGAAGUUGAAGGGGCAGGCGGACAGACGAGCAGCGUGUCCAGAUCGAUGCAAGACCAGGCGCCGAGAGAUAGAUACAGGGGCGGAGGUCCUGGUAGGCCAAGGUCGGUCAACGGACACCAUCCAAACAACCCAUCUCCGUGGACGAACUCCGAGCAGCCUAACCAGGCAAUGGUUGAGCCCGGGUGUUCACCUGACCUUGCCACAAACAACGGCAUCAGGCUCCAUCAAUCGAGCAGUGACAUGCCGAGAGGUCAUGAAAUGGCUUCCGAAUGGUUUCAGGAGCACGACAUUCGGGAUGCGGAUGCAACCGUUGCCCUCUCUCGACGCCAGAGCGUCUGUGUGCGACCAGAUGCCUCAUCUCGCACGACAGAACCUGCCGUCUUUCCAGACGAACUGAGACCUGAUAAUGAGACGAGGGACGAAUCGUUCGGUCAGCGAGGGGCGAAACGUCGGCGCCCAAAUAACGUGAUGGGCGAUCACAGUGGGACACCAAGUCAACAUGGGCCGAUACAUCAGGUACAAGGUCAGGCGGAGGACGCUAUGGCUGCAAAUAAUUUGGCAGCAGUUCAGACAUACGGGACGACUUACAAUGAGUAUCCUAGCACCGGCCACGAUAACAAUCAACUCGCUGUGGACUCCAGAAAAAGUUUACCAAGCUCAACAGAGCCGGGCAGACGAGCCAGCCAUGAUCUCAAUGGGCAACAUUCAUAUAAUCCCGCGGAAGUCUUCAACCAAGGGAUAGUCGCACCUAGUGUUCGGCGAACCGUAACCGCCCGUCAAAUAGCGCCGAGACGUACAGUCGCCAUCGAAGCUCUCCUAAAUACAAAUGAAGAAGUAGCCGCAUUUUUAAGCAAUACUCUGGAGAACACGGGUAGCUCGGCCACCCCUGCUUCCCAGCCCCGCCCGCAUCCGGAUGAUAAUACUAAUGGAACCGAUCUGCACGUAGAGGACGGCAUUAUCCAGAACGGUACGGCCGGACAUCCGGCGGGCACCGGAGGUUCCCUAGCUCACCUAUCUACAGGUAGUUACAUGUGGGAAAGACUUCACCCGUCUUUUAACCCGUCAAAUUACUAUGGGCAAGUCCCACAGACAAUUUCACCGGCCGCUUCUUUUGAUCCGUCUGGCUUCUAUGAGGCAUUGCAAACAUUUCAAUAUGAUAAUUUACCACUUCACUUCAAUCCAUCGGGGUAUUAUGAGCAGAACAUGGAAGGCGAGGUUCCUGCGAUGUCAUUCAAUCCAUCAAGCGUGGGUUUAGAACACCACCCUUCUGAUCAUCAGGCACUGCUGUAA